AAUUAUUCUUCAACCGUGAUUCUCAUUUCUAACCAAUUGUUACAAGGUCUCGUCUUUCAUUUUGUUCUGGAAAAGUCGGACGUGUAUUAAAUAUCGUUUUCUAACACAAUAUUCAAUAAAAGUACUAAAAAAAUUGAAGAAAAAUGUUUGGUCCAGGAGCUGCUCCGAUCGUAGUUUUAAGUCAAAAUACAAAACGGGAUGUUGGCCGAAAAGUUCAGAGAGAAAAUAUACAAGCUGGAAAAGCAAUUGCAGAUGUCAUUAGAACAUGUCUGGGACCACAAGCAAUGUUAAAAAUGUUAAUGGAUCCAAUGGGAGGUAUAGUUAUGACUAAUGAUGGGAAUGCUAUAUUACGUGAAAUAACAGUACAACAUCCUGCUGGGAAAUCUAUGAUAGAAAUAGCUAGAACCCAAGAUGAAGAAGUUGGAGAUGGUACUACUUCAGUCAUUGUAUUGGCAGGAGAAAUUCUAGCUACUGCUGAACCUUUUUUGGAACAAAAUAUGCAUCCUACUGUUAUAAUAAGAGCAUAUCGCCAAGCUUUGGAAGAUAUAGUUACUAUUCUUAAUGAACAAGUGAGCAUUGAUCUAGAUUGCAAUGAUAAAAAUAAAAUGAUUCAAGUUAUUAAUUCCUGUGUCAGAACUAAAUUUAUUGGACGUUGGUGUGAAUUAGCAUGUCAGAUAGCUUUAGAUGCAGUUUAUACUGUUUUGCUUGAAGAAAAUGGCAGAAGAGAAAUAGAUAUAAAGCGUUAUGCAAAAGUAGAAAAAAUUCCAGGUGGUACUAUUGAAGAUAGCACCGUUCUUAAGGGAGUGAUGUUUAAUAAAGAUGUUACUCAUCCAAAAAUGAGAAGACAUAUUAAAAAUCCAAGAAUAGUUUUAUUGGAUUGUUCCUUGGAAUAUAAAAAAGGAGAAUCUCAAACCAAUAUAGAAAUAAUGAAAGAUACAGAUUUUACCAGGAUUUUGGAAUUAGAAGAGGAAUUUGUUAAGAAAAUGUGUGAAGAUAUCAUAUCUGUAAAACCUGAUGUAGUAAUCACAGAGAAAGGAGUUUCGGAUUUAGCACAACAUUAUCUUGUUAAAGCUGGAAUUUCUGCUAUUCGUAGAUUGAGAAAAAGUGAUAUUAAUAGAAUUGCUAGAGCUUGUGGUGCAACUGUUGUUAAUCGUACAGAAGAAUUGCGAGAUGAAGAUGUUGGUACUAGAGCUGGUCUUUUUGAAAUCAAGAAAGUUGGUGAUGAAUACUUUUGCUUUAUUACAGAAUGUAAAGAUCCUAAAGCAUGUACUAUAAUUUUGAGAGGUGCCAGUAAAGAUGUAUUAAAUGAAACUGAAAGAAACUUACAGGAUGCACUUCAUGUUGCAAGGAAUCUUCUUAUUGAACCUAAAUUAGUACCAGGUGGAGGAGCUGUAGAAAUGGCAGUAUCAAGACUUUUAACAGAAAAAGCAGCAAGACUUGCAGGUGUAGAACAAUGGCCUUAUAAAGCUGUAGCACAAGCAUUAGAAAUAAUUCCAAGAACUCUUGCACAAAAUUGUGGAGCAAAUACUAUCAGAACUUUAACUGCAUUACGUGCAAAACAUGCUACUGAAGGAAUGACAUGGGGUAUUGAUGGAGAAACUGGUCAAUUAGUAGAUAUGAAAGAACAUGGUAUUUGGGAACCCUUAUCCGUUAAAUUGCAAACAUAUAAAACAGCUAUUGAAACUGCUAUUUUAUUGCUACGAAUUGAUGAUAUUGUAUCAGGAAGUAAAAAGAAGAAGGCAGAUAAUGAGCCUACUCCACCUGCACAAGUUUCAGAAGAAUCUAUGAAAGAUUAAAUUUAUAUUGCUUGGAAAGCUUUUAUUUGUUAACAUUUAAUAAUUACAUAUGAUAAUUUCAUUAAACUUCAUAUUUAUAGAAAAUAUCAUUUGUCUAUCUGUAUGCAUUUUCAUAAUAAUAAAAAUACUUGAUGAAGUAUUAAAGACAGAUAUAAA